AUGAAUUCCUCGUCCACGUCGUCCUCCCCCUCGCGCACCUCGCGCAAAGCGGCCAGCCUUUCUCAAGUCUACUACUCCAACGCUGUCUAUUUUCCCAACCAAAAGAUCUACAAUGGAGACACGCCGGGUUCCAUGAACUAUAACUGCAUAAGCACUGUCUACUACUGCUUUGCGAACGUUGCAACGGACGGGGCCGUCUUCCUGAGCGAUGAGUAUGCUGAUGCUCGGGCGCCUUGUGAUGGUGUAUCAGGUGGCCUUGGAUCCUUGAUGCACCUCAAACAGAAGCACCCUCAUCUGCAGGUCAUCCUCUCCGUUGGGGGUGGCCAGUCGAGCCAAAUCUUCCCCACGGUAGCUGCCAACGCAAUGCUGCGCGACAACUUUGCGAGAUCUUGUCGAGGUCUGGUCGAGGCUUCUGGUCUGGACGGCAUUGACAUCGUAUGGAGAUGUCCCCAGGACGCCGUUCAAGGCACCAAUUUCCUCGCACUCUUGGCUGCAGUUCGCGCGUACCUUCCCGUGGAGCAGUACCUCCUCACGACGGCAUUACCCGCUGUCCGGUCUGUCCUUGGCACGAUCGACCUUCGUCGGGCCGCAGAGUACCUCGACCUGCUCAACCUGAUGGCCUAUGAUCUGUACGGCCCGUGGAAGCCCAAGUCAGGUCACCAUGCACAGCUGUAUCUAGCCUCGGGCGAGAAAGACGAGAGCUGCACCGGCUCUUAUGCUGUGUCUUACCUCCUCUCCCAGGGCUUCCCAGCUAAGAAGAUCCUCUUCGGGAUUCCCGUGUUUGGCCGGCACUUCCCGGGCGUUACCGGCCCGGGCCACAGAUUUGGCAGGCCGAGUGGUGAUGGCACUGUUGACUACGCCCAGCUCCCGCGCAAGGGGACCAAGGAGAUUGUGGACAGGAGGGCGUGUGCAGCAUUCUGUGUGGGCGGAGACAGCAACGGCAGCGGGUUCAUCACGUACGAUAAUCCGGAGACGGUGAAGGCCAAGGCAGCUUUCGUGAAGCAGAAAGGUCUGGGGGGGCUUUUUUACUGGACCGGACCGGCAGAUGCAAAGGACAGCAAGCGCAGUCUGAUCGCCGCCGGAUUCAAGGCGCUGCAUAGCUGCUAA